AUGACCAUGAUGUACUUCAAACGUGCCGGCUUGAAUACCAGAGAAUACACGCGGAUUAAUCUCUUCCUGGCUCUAUACCUGGCAAACGACAUGGAAGAAGAUACGGAAGACUAUAAAUACGAGAUCUUCCCCUGGGCGCUUGGUGUCAACUGGAGGAAGCUCAUCCCGGACUUCUUGAAAAUGCGGGAUGGUUUUUGGGCUAAAAUGAAGUACAGAGCGUUUGUUAGCCAGCGAUGCUGUGAUGAGAUAAUGUUGAAGAAGCCUUCUCAUUGGGUUUGGUCCCGGGAGCGAGCCACCCACCACAGUGGAGCAGUGCGGAGUUACCUGAAGAACGAGAGCGACUUGUUCCCCAGAGGGCCUGGGGCGACCCCCCCAGUCUGCCUUCUGUGUUCAUUCGACCUGGAUGAAGAUCCUGAAACAACUUCUUCCAGCAAUCAUUUUCUUUCCCAUGACCUACUGCCUUCUGGGCCAUUGAACCAGGAUUCACAGAGCUUUCCUCUCUUGGUGGUGCACUUGAAGAAGGAUUGUAGCAUGCAGAUCCAGCAGGAACCAGCGAUGGAGACGGAUGAAUCGGAUGCGGAUUGCCGAUCCCUGGGAUAGUGUUCGAUGGCGGAGAGUCGUCUUCCGUCAUUAAUUCGUUCCUUGAAGUGGCAUUCGUUGGACGGUCUUCAUUUCCAUUUCCAGAGAUCUACUUGUUAAGCACUUUAAAAAAAAAAAGAAUGUGCCCUAAUGUCUGUAUUUAAGAGAGAAAAGAAGUUAUAUGUUGUAUGGAUUGUACAAGGUUAAAUUGGGCUCUUAAUAAAGAUGUCUAAGAUAACAAGCUCAUUUGGGAAUAUUUAAUGA